AUGGUUUUAGACAAAUUCGAUAUCAUAGCGACCGUCAAGAAGGAGGAGGAGGGGGCCCUGCUGCUGUCGGCGCUGUGUGCGAACGGGGUUCGGGCCGCCCGCUGCAACUGCCAGCCGGUCUCGCGGUGCCCGCAGGCGCCGGCCGCUGGCGCUGAUUCGUGUCGGCUGCCCGGCAAACUGCGCGGCUACUGCUGUCCCCGGAUGCCCGACACCUGCCCGACCACGAGCGGCAGCAUGCGGCGCAAAUGCCGUCCACUCGUGCUAUGCCCGGAGGCGUUGGCCGACCCGGUCACCACCGGUGGCCAGGCUUGCCGGCUGGGCGACGGCUCCACGGGCGUCAUGUGCAGCGACGCUGACAUAAGCCCAAAGCAAAAGGCAGCGCGAACCCCCGAAGAGAGUAAAUCCGACCGGCGGAAUGCUGUGAGCCCGCUCUUGGGUAGCCGGGUGGUCACUCAGUUGUUCAUAGUGGCUAAAGGUGGCGACAUGCAAGAGGCGGCCAGGAAAGGCGCACGCGGCGUAAAGAACCAGCUGCUUCGUGGCGGCCCGGCAGCACCCUGGGACUCAGUAGUGGGCGUCUUCAAUCUCAACUUCCGCUCAAGCCAGGAUGUGCAGACGCUCUGCCUUCAGGGCCUACAGAACCAACUGGCGCUUCAAGCUCUCAACGACCAGGGUGGCGGAGACAUGUUGCAGCUGGUCUCCAGGUACGGGGGUGGGCAGGCCGGUGCCAGAGCGUUUCCGGCGAAGCCCACACUACUUCCCAACUGCACUGUAGCAGAGCCCAUCGUCUGCCGGAGCAGCAUCUACCGCACAGCGAACGGAGAGUGCAAUAACCUGCAACGUCCGCGCGAAGGCAGUGCGCUGACUGGCUUUAAACGGCUGCUCGAGAGCACGUUUGAUGAUGGCUUCGCAUCCAUCCGCUCGCGGAGCGUGACAGGCCGGCCGCUGCCGAGUCCACGACUCAUCAGCGAGCGCGUGGUGGAGACCAUUUCGAGCGAACUCAAAGGCUUCACCCUGUCCGUGAUGCAGUGGGGCCAGUUUGUUGACCACGACUUCAACCACGCGCUUGUCUUCAACCUGGGCACCGCUGGCAGCAUCCAGUGCUGUGAAAAUGACGGUCGCAAGCUGCCGGCAACACCCCUGCACCCGCAGUGCAUCCCCAUCUCCAUCCCGGCCGACGACCCGUUCUACAGCCAGUUCGGCCAGCGCUGCAUGAGUCUGGUGCGCUCGCUGCCGGCACCGUCCCUGGACUGUAUCGCACGCCCUUCCACGCCCAUCAACGAGAUAACCUCGCACCUGGACGCCUCCAACCUGUACGGCAGCGAGCAGGAGGAACAGGACGGACUGCGUACCUUCAGUGACGGCCUGUUGAUCACCUCCAACAACAACCUGCUGCCACUGUCGAGCACGCCGGCCCGCCAGCGCACCACGCCGCGACCCACCGUCGGCCCCGGCACCGUCCCUCUGUACCUCCAACGCGGGAAGCGGUCAGCGCGCCAACGUCGGCAAACCCCAAUACAGGAGCCGUGCGUGAACGACGCCAGCGUCUGCUUCCGUGCCGGUGAGUCGCGCGUCAACGAGCAGAGCGCACUAACCGUCAUGCACACCAUCUUCACACGCGAGCACAACCGCGUGGCAGGCGCACUGAAACAGAACCACCGCGACUGGGACGACGAGAAACUGUUCCAGGAGGCGCGGCGGAUCGUGAUCGCCGAGUGGCAGCACAUCAUCUACAACGAGUGGUUGCCGAUCAUCGUCGGGUUCGACUACGCCAGGGAUCAUGACCUGCUGCCGUUGACGUCCGGCUUCUCCGCCGCCUACGACAAGGACGUAAACCCCACCGCAUCCAACGAGUUUGCCACCGCCGCCUUCCGCUUCGGUCACUCAAUGCUGCGCGAUAUGUACCACCUGAUCAACGCCAACGGCAACAUCGUCCAAUCGGUUAAUCUCACCAGGACGUUCUUCAAUCCGACUGUGGUGGGACAGAGAUUCGUCGAGCACGCGCGGACUCUGGUGGCCACGCGACCCGAGACAUUCGACGCCAACAUCAUUAGCAGUGUCCACGAACAGCUGUUCACGACCAACUUUCGGUUCGGGCUGGACUUGAUCGCGCUCAACAUCCAGCGUGGACGUGAUCACGCAAUCCCCACGUACGUGACCGUGCUGAAGGCCUGCAGGGGCGACACCGUCUCCAGCUGGGGCGACUUUAACCGCCUUAUGGACUCCAGGGCCAUCGACCAGUUGCGCUCCCUCUACGAUGACCCACAAGAUGUGGACCUCUUCAUCGGCGGUCUGGCUGAACGGCGAGCCGCUGGUGCUCAAGUGGGGCCCACCUUCCAGUGCUUGAUCGGGCAGCAGUUCUUCGACGUGCGUUUCGGAGAUCGCUACUUCUACGACAACGGCGGCUUUCCGCACAGUUUUACAGCCGCGCAGCUGGCGGAGAUCAGGAAGAGCAGCUGGGCGCGCAUGAUGUGCGACACGCUCGGUCCCGAGUUCGGAAACGACUUCACGCAAGUGCAGCCCCUGGCGUUUGUGGAGUCCACGGUGGGCGCGAACGGCGUGGGCUCCUGCAACUCGCAGGCCAUUCCCAGUUUGAACCUAGCAGUGUUCUAGCGGGCCAGCGACCUGUGAGGGUCUCACCAGUCUUCAGCUUACAUCGUGUUCGCUGCGAUGCUGUGAAUCCUUGCACUAGAGGUGAUGACGCCAACAUAUGUCCGAUUCAGAUAUUGCUAGACUUCAUAGUUUGGUCGAUUGUAGACAACAUGGUUUUUGUCCAAAUGGUUUUGAUGUGGUGGAUCACGAUAAAAGAUCUUGCAAGCGU